CAAAGUCUUUGCAGCGGCAGAGGCCGGAUGUAGCGGCCCCGGCGCGCUGAGGUAUCAUGCAUUUGAUCUGUGGUGGUGGUGGUGGUGGUGGUGUGUACUUCCAUAGAUCUUGCGCAUUGUGGCUGCUCGUAAUUCUCCUCCCGCAAUGUUGGGUGGCGGUGUCUUCUCAAUACGAAGGAGAGCAAGGAAUGUUCUACUCCAACAAUGAUCAAGGUGGCCAAGAACAGGGAAUGUUUUAUGGUGAUGAUGAUCAAUCAUGGUCCGGUGGUGCAUUUCGAGGAGGAGCGUUUCGAGACGAUCGUGAGCGGUACUGGCGGGAGUCAAAUCCAGACCCGUAUCCAGAUCCAAACCCCUCGCAACUUCAGCAGCCCGAUCAGGUUGUGUCUCAGCAACAGAUUCCGAAUCAACCUCCGCAACAGAUUCCGCAGCAGGUGCAGAAUCCGAACCAGUUUCCACAGCAGGUUCAGAACCAGAACCCAAAUCAGCCGCAAGUUCAGAACCAGAACCAGAAUCAACAACAAGUUCAGAACCAGAACCAGAAUCAACAACAAGUUCAGAACCAGAACCAGAAUCAACAACAAGUUCAGAACCAGAACCAGAAUCAACAACAAGCUCAGAACCAGAACCAAGUGGUCAGAGGAUUUUAUGACCAGAGCUGCCCUUCAGCGGAAUCCGUCGUCCGGAGGACCAUGGUGGACAGCUUCCGGCGGAACCCGCUGCUGGCCGCCGGAAUCCUCCGGCUCUUCUUCCAUGACUGCUUUGUCCGAGGUUGUGAUGGAUCGGUGCUGCUGGAUCGAAAACCCGGCGGACCCAUCCCUGAAAAGGAGAGCGACGUGAACAACAACUCCAUCACUGGCUUCCGGGUGAUUGACGACGCCAAGAAGCGCUUGGAGCGGAUGUGCCCGGGAGUCGUGUCGUGCUCGGACAUCCUCGCACUGGCUGCUCGAGACGCCGUUUGGAUCAGUGGAGGACCUCGCUGGAGUGUCCCGACGGGACGUCUGGACGGGCGAGUCUCGCUGGCGACGGAAGCCGAUAAUGAGAUUCCACCACCGGAUCUCCGAAUCCGGGACUUGAGAAAGGCAUUUCUCGCCAAGGGCCUCAACACCCACGACGUCGUCACCCUCUCAGGCGCGCACACUAUCGGUCGAGCACACUGCCCCGCCUUUGAGGACCGCCUCUACAACUUCUCCGCAACAAACGCGCCAGAUCCCACGCUCAACCUCUCGCUGCUGGACUCGCUCCAAAAGAUUUGCCCCAGGGUUGGGAAUACCACCUUCACGGUGAGCCUGGAUCGCCAGACCCAGGUCCUGUUUGACAACAGCUACUACGUCCAGCUCCUGGCCAGCAAUGGGCUCCUCCAGACCGAUCAGCAGCUCCUCUUCGACGCCUCCACCGCGGGGUUGGUGCGAGCGUACGCCGCCGAUUCGUCCAUGUUCUUCCGCGCCUUCGCCAAGGCCAUGAUCAAGCUCAGCAGGGUGGGUUUGAAAGCUCCUGGCGAGGGUGAGAUCCGGAAGCACUGCCGUCGUGUAAAUCCAUGACCCAAAAUGCCCGCUAUGAUAGUUGAGUACUUCACAAUAAAAUUAUAGAUGGUCAGCCUCGUUUGCGCGACCCAAUCGAUAGCACGAAGCUUGCAUCCAUGAACGCUAGACCACGAACUUUGCA